AUAGCGACUCAGGGAGUAGUAAAUUACUGCUUUUACUAUCUUGGAAAGAAAGAAAACUUAUACGAAAAGCUCUUCUUCUCUGGCUAAUCAUUUUAUUGUUCAGUGAAGUGUUUUAAUCAACGAAAAAGCCCUAAAAUUCAUCACAGAGAUCAAGUUAGCUGCAAUGAGUCGUGGUAGCGGAGGUGGUUACGAUCGCCACAUCACGAUCUUCUCGCCUGAAGGUCGUCUCUUCCAAGUCGAAUAUGCCUUUAAAGCUGUCAAGGCAGCUGGUGUAACAUCUAUUGGUGUUCGAGGCAAAGACUCGGUUUGUGUUGUUACUCAGAAGAAAGUUCCGGACAAGCUUUUGGAUCCAUCGAGUAUUACUCAUCUUUUUGCUGUUACCAAGUACCUUGGCUUGGUAGCUACUGGAACAACUGCUGAUGCAAGGACCUUGGUUCAACAAGCAAGAAAUGAAGCUGCAGAGUUUCGGCAUAAAUAUGGAUAUGAGAUGCCAGCUGAUACACUUGCAAGAUGGAUUGCAGACAAAUCCCAAGUUUAUACUCAGCAUGCUUAUAUGAGACCUCUAGGAGUAGUUGCUAUGGUCUUGGGCAUCGAUGAUGAGGUUGGACCUCAACUGUUCAAGUGUGAUCCUGCUGGCCAUUUCUUUGGUCACAAGGCAACUAGUGCUGGAUUGAAAGAGCAAGAAGCAAUAAAUUUUCUCGAGAAGAAAAUGAAGAAUGAUCCAGCCUUUACGUACGAGGAGACUGUCCAGACUGCAAUUUCAGCACUGCAAUCUGUUCUACAAGAGGACUUGAAGGCCAAUGAGAUUGAGGUUGGAGUUGUGGUGAAGGGAAAUCCUAUUUUCCGAGCAUUGUCCACGGAUGAGAUAGACGAGCACUUGACUGCAAUUAGUGAGCGUGACUAGUUUAACGAGAAAGACUUAAUUACGUCAAGGGAGUGCUUUUUCAAACUGUGUGCAUUAAAUGUUAGGAAACAUGUAAUUUGGCUCCAAUGAUACUCGUUGCCCUCCUUUUUUUUUUUGAAUUGAAUUUUAAAAAAGUUGUCCUUAAAUUUAAUUGCUCCAGAUAUUUAUUCGCCGCUAGAACUUAGAAGAGUCCUUUAUAAACUAAUUUAUCAUCUGUAAAAGGAAUCGUGCUUAUGUAUUGCAUUACAGAAGGUGGGGAAUUGGUAAACAAUUUGUCUAUUUUAUAUUGACC